GUCUCCUGCUUCUCAUAAACUGAAAAGCUCAUGUUUGUCUUCUCAAUCUCUCAAACUCCCCUGACGUUAUCUCUUCCCCUUCCCUGUUCUUCAAAGUUUUUCCUUCAAUUCAUUCCUUUUAAUACGGGCAUAAUUAUAAAUAUUAAUAAAAAAAAAAAAACACUUACGAUGUCGCCCCUUCCGUUUCCUUCACUUGAACUCUAUAUAUAUCAGUGAGUUGAGACCAGGCUUGAUCCUCUCAUCCCACUUGCUGUUUAUCAUUUUAUAAAGCUAAGACAGAUUUUUAAAUAUGGCUUCGUCCGGUGUUGUUCUCGCGCACUCCGCCUUUGAUGGUCUCCGCCUCGGUAGAUCUGCCCAGUUCGUAGUUGGUCGUCUCCUCCGUUUUUGGGACUCCAAAAACAUCAAGAAGCAAGGUGAAUUCAUGGGGAUCACCCUCCUCCUCCUUGAUGAGAAGAAUUCUGUCAUUCAUGGAUUCAUUCCUGCUGGGCGCGCCCCUCAUUACCGUCCGUUUUUGCGAGCGGGUUCAGUCGUCAGAAUUUCACGUUUUGAAGUUGCAAGAUGCACAAAUAUGUACAAGAUUACGGACCAUCCUUUCGUCAUCCGGUUCAUCCCUCAAACAACCAUUGAUGAGGUUGUCGAGAAUGCUCCUAUUAUCAACCUCCAAAAAUUCAUGCUGCGAAAGUUUGAACCUCUGCAAGCUCUCGCAAACACUAAUUUAGAACUCCCUGAUGUUGUUGGGCAAAUUCAGUCUGUCCAAGGUUCUGACUUGAAGGACGCAACAGUGACGACUCGAGUUGUCGUUCGUUUCGUGAUUGAACCGAGGGUGGUUGUGUCCCUAUCUUUGUGGGAUGAUGCUGCAGCAAAUUUUAGGGGUCUCAUCAACUCAGGUGACAGGACACAGUCUGUCAUGGUGGUCACGACCGUUAAUCCAAAAAUAUUUGGAGGCAACCUCUAUCUCAACUCAACGCCAGCAACGCAAUUUUAUUUCGACCCUGAGCUUCAAGCCAUCGCAGAGUUCACAACGAGCUUAGAAGCCCCGUUAGGAGAAGCUUUCCCCUGCAUCGAUACCAAAAAAGGGAUUAAAAAAAAGGAAGCUGUCUCAAUCAGAGAGCUACACAAGUUCAUUUCCGAUUCUGACGAGCAGACACAGGAAGCUGAUUUUAUAUGCAAGGGUCGUGUUGUGGAAGUCAUGCAACAAAAUGGAUGGUCUUACGUCUCCUGCACUGGCUGCAGCAGAAAGCUUGAGAAAUUUGGGACUUCUCUGCGGUGCACCCGUUGUAUUAAUCCGAACAUCACUGGCGUUAUCAAGUACCGUGUGGAGUUAUUGGUUGAUGAUGGGAAUGAUAAUGCCACUUUUGUAGUGUUCGACAGGGAAAUGCUUAAACUGACAAAGCAAGAUGCAGCUGGACUGACCCUAGCUGAGAUCAAUGGUGGUGGCAAUGAAGAACUCCCACAAUGUCUUAAGGACCUGGCUGGGAAAGAUUUUGUUUUCCAGAUACGUGUGACACCUUUUAAUUUUACUCCAAGCCACCGUACUUUCACUGUUUCUGCGAUCCUUGACAACAUCACCCCCGAGACUUUCAAAACCAAUGAAGCUCAAGUUGAAAGUGGUGAACCAUCGGCAUCUGCCAGCGUUAAGGGUGCUGUUGAAGGCAAUGCACCAAAUCCACCAGGUUGUGGAGUCAAUGAAAUUGGCCGUAAACGCCCACGUGAGUGAAGUUAAAAAGCUGCAGCAACGUCAACCAUGCACUGUUUUUGUUUCCUUUAUUUUUCUAGCAUUUCCUGCAUUUCCUAUUUCUAGACUUCGCACCUAAUUUCAUAUUUGAAGGCUUUUGUUUCAUUUAGACUUAUGGUUUUAAUUUAAAUCAAAAUUGGUUGACGAAAUA